AUGGAUCGAAGGACAGCCAAUUCGCAAUGGCCCGAAGAGACGGCCGACCUGCCGUCCUUCUACUCGCCCAAGUCCCGACCCCACGAAGCCCCAGCAACGCACCUCAAUGCCGAUACCCUCUCCCUCUCUCCCCUCGUACAACCACCCACGACCUACCCAGAGUCAGACCGCGGAUUCGAUGCCACCCAGCUCCCGCCGCCGUCCCUCCUCUCUCCACAAUUCACACCCCCCGCCACACCAAGCGGCGCCGCCACACCCACAACCGAACAUGUGCCCCGUGGCGUCCCCGUCGACUCUUCUUUGCCCACAGGCGGCUGCGGCUCUAAGCGGCCCCGGCUGUUAGAAACAUUACCCGAGGUGCAGUGUAUCGUGCGCGCGCGCAUUCCCACGGUGACAGGCACGGAGAUGUGGCUGCAUCUCUACUCCAACAAUGUGGAUACUAAAGAGCACCUGGCGAUUGUGUUUGGGAACAACAUUCGGAGUCGGAGUUUGGACGAGCCCAGGGAGGACGAGACGGAGAUGGAUCGCAUGAUUCGGGGCGCGUACGUGGGGAGGUUGUUUCCCGGAAGGGCUACAAGCGGCAUGAUGGGAACCGGGGCAGAGGGAGAGGCCGGGAAGGACGGUGGAAAUGGUAGCUCGCCCCUCGUGCGCAUACACUCUGAGUGCUACACAGGCGAAACCGCUUGGUCUGCACGGUGCGACUGUGGCGAGCAGCUUGACGAGGCGGCGCGGCUGAUGUCAUUGCCGAGCCAGCAGGAAUCGGGCGGUAUCAUUAUCUACCUGCGGCAAGAGGGGCGAGGGAUCGGGCUGGGCGAGAAGCUCAAGGCGUACAAUCUGCAGGAUUUGGGUUCUGACACUGUGGAGGCUAAUCUGCUGCUGCGCCAUCCGGCCGACGCGAGAAGUUACGGCUUGGCCACGGCGAUACUGAGGGAUCUGGGGCAGGAGGAGAUUCGGUUGUUGACGAACAAUCCUGAAAAGAUUCGCGCGGUUGAGGGGCCAAACAGGGAGGUGAAGGUGCUGGAGAGGGUGGCCAUGGUGCCACUUAGUUGGAAGGGGAGAGGUGGGUUCAAGAGUAAGGAGGUGGAGGGGUAUUUGAAGACCAAGAUUGAAAAGAUGGGGCAUAUGCUGGAGAUGGGUGGUAUGGGACCGUAA